UGCUGCGCAUGCGCGCACCCAGAACCAGGCCGGUACUGGAGCAAGGCAGGCAUAUUGCUCGUGCGCAGUUGAGACGGCUUUAGAGGAAAGAAAUGGACAGCGCUCAGUGACCCAGGUUUUGCGCAUGCGUCCUCCUGCUGGAUGAAGCCGAGUCUUGGGGGACCAGAAAGCCUUCCUGCACAUGCGCAGGAGGCUCAAUGACAGUCGAGCGUUGGCUAAGGCUCCGGGCACAGGGGCUGGCCAUGUUGCAUGUGACCCGGGGGGUCUGGGCAUCCUGGGUCCGAAGAUGGCCAGUCUUGCCCGCGCUCCUGGGGCCCACCCGGGCCCUGUCCUCGCUGGCGGCCAAGAUGGGGGAGUACCGCAGGAUGUGGAACCCCACGGAGCCCCGCGACUGGGCGCAGCAGUAUCAGGAGCGGUUCAUCCCAUUCUCCAAGGAGCAGCUGCUCCGCCUCCUGAUUCAGGAAUUCCACUCCAGUCCUGCAGAGAAGGCGGCCUUGGAAGAGUUCUCUGCCCACGUGGACGUCUGCACCUUGUUCCACUACCAUCAAAUCCUGAACCGGCUGCAGGCCUUAUAUGACCCCAUCAACCCGGACAGGGAGACUCUGGACCAGCCUUCGCUAACGGACCCCCAGCGUCUGUCCAAUGAGCAGGAGGUGCUUCUGGCGCUGGAGCCCCUGCUGGCCCAGGCCAACUUCUCCCCACUCUCCGAGGACACCCUGGCCUAUGCUCUCGUGGUCCACCACCCUCAGGAUGAGGUCCAGGUGACGAUCAACUUGGACCAGUACAUCUACAUGCAGUUCUGGGCCCUGGGCCAGAGAGUCGGAAAGAUGCCUCGCAUGUCCAACCUGGGCUCCAGGCGCUUCUUCUUCUACAAGUCGACCCCUGCAGUGAGGAGAUACUUUAAGCGGGUGGUACUAGCCGCCCGAACGAAGCGGGGGCACCUGGUGCUGAAGAGCUUCAAGGACACCCCCCUGGAGGGCCUGGAGCAGCUGCUGCCCGAGCUGAAGGUGCGCACGUCCGCCCUGCAGCGCACCCUGCUCAACCUCUUCCUGGUCGUCUCGGGCGUGGCGGUCUUCGUCAACGUGGGCAUGGUGGUGCUCACGGACUUGAAGAUGGGCACCUCCCUGCUGCUGCUGCUCUUCGCCGCCUUCAUGGGCCUGCGGGCCUCCAAGAUGUUCGGGCAGCAGCGCAGCGUGCAGGCGCUGGAGCUGGCGCACAUGCUCUACUACCGCAGCACGUCCAACAACUCGGAGCUGCUCAGCGCGCUGGCCCUGCGCGCGCAGGACGAGCACACCAAGGAGGCGCUGCUGGCGCACUCCUUCCUGGCCCGGCGGCCCCGCGGCGCGAGCGGCUCGCCCGAAGAGACCUCCCAGUGGCUCCAGACGGAGGUAGAGAAUUGGCUCCUGACCCAGACAGGCUGUGCCGUGACCUUCAACGGAGCGCGGGCUCUGGGCCACCUGCAAGCCCUGACGGAGAGCUUGGGGACGUGCCCGCCUUCGGUUUUCCCCAAACUAGACCCGGCGGCUACAGACACUUCCCCCGCAGGCCCCGCCCAGCAGUGACGACCCGGCGGGAAGCCUCUGGGCCCGGCCCCGCCCAGCCACCUGGUGAGGAACUAAGCCCCGCCUCCUCCCUGACAAACUGCUCAUCACAGCUCCGAAGCCUUGCAGCUCUAGUUUCCAAUGUUACACUUUAUCCUUAAAACAGAGCCCCCACUCAAGACAGCCUGCACUGCUAUCCCCACCCCUCAGAUGAACUGCCUUUCUGAUGGAAGUUUUUUGGUUCUGAACCCCCACUCCUCUUC